UCAACCUCCACACAAGGCUAUGAUUUUAACUGAAAAUCUAUUUGAUAAUGCAAACAAUGUCAUGGGAAACCGUUGGAUCUUUCAACAAGAUAACGACCCUAAGCAUACAGCUAGGGAUAUUAAAAAACUUCUUGCACAACACUGUCCAAAAAUGUUGGAUUGUUUUGACAAACCAGUACUUGAAAUAAAAAUGCUUACGAAAAAAAGCAUAGCAGAAAAAGAAAAACAGGAAAAGAAUGUCUGUAAAAAGUAA